CUAAAAUAAAUAAAUAAAUAUAAAUACCAACCCUCUGGCCUCUACUACAGGUAGAAGAAACUAAAAUUCAGCAGACUGCAAACAUCAGAUGGUUGGGCCAACCUGGCGCUUUGUUUGCAGAAAUGAAAAUCUUCUUCUUCUUCUCUCUCCUCGUUUUCUCUCUCUCUUUCUCCUCUUCCAUCGCUCGCGGCCCUCUCCAUUCUUCUCUUCCUUCAGGUAUUAGAAAUGGUAGUAGAAUUAGUUAUUCGGAUUCUGUAAGGAGGCAGUUAUUCCAGGAUAAACCGUCUAAGUUAAGUGAUGAUAGAGCUAAAGGAUACAUGACUAACUCUGAUCUUGAAAAGGCUGUCAAAGAAUUCGGUCGAAGAUGCAGUAAUAUUUCUAGGAUUUACAGUAUUGGAAAGAGUGUCCAUGGAGUUCCGCUGUGGGUUAUUGAGAUUUCUGACAAGCCUGGGGAGGAAGAGCCUGAACCUGCAUUCAAGUUCAUUGGAAAUGUCCAUGGGGAUGAACCUGUAGGUCGUGAGCUUCUGUUACGUCUUGCUAAUUGGAUAUGCGAUAACUAUAUGAAGGAUUCCUUGGCCAGAUUGAUUGUAGAAAAUAUUCACCUUCAUAUUCUUCCAUCCAUGAAUCCUGAUGGUUAUUUUUUGAGGAGCCGUGGUAAUGCUAACAAUAUUGAUCUAAAUCGAGAUUUUCCAGACCAGUUCUUUCCACUCAAUAAUGACAUAAAUGCACGCCAACCAGAAACAAGAGCAGUUAUGAAUUGGCUGAGAGAGAUACAAUUUGCAGCGUCUGCUAGUUUGCACGGGGGUGCCCUAGUUGCAAAUUACCCAUGGGAUGGUACUGAGGAUAAAAGGAGAAAUUACUAUGCAUGCCCUGAUGAUGACACAUUCCGGUUCAUGGCGAGUAUAUAUAGUCGUUCUCAUCAUAACAUGUCUCUGAGCAAGGAAUUCCCUGGAGGAAUCACAAAUGGAGCGUUUUGGUACCCAAUAUAUGGUGGAAUGCAAGAUUGGAAUUAUAUACAUGCUGGAUGUUUUGAAUUGACCUUGGAGAUUAGUGAAAACAAAUGGCCUAAUGCCAAUGAGCUUCCUACUCUUUGGGAGUACAACAAAAUGAGUUUACUGAACCUUGCAGCCAGCCUUGUGAAGACAGGAAUACAUGGAAGGAUCUUUUCGUCAGAUAGUGGAAUGCCACUCCCUGGCUCUGUUUCGAUCAAGGGAAUAAAUUACACAGUUAAAGCUGGCAGAGGUUUUGCUGAUUACCAUCGGCUACUUGCUCCAGGGGAGAGAUAUGAAGUUAUGGCCACUAUGCCUGGGUACAAACCAAAAACCACACGUAUCUCACUGGAAGAAGCAGCCAUGACUCUGGACUUUAUUCUUGAUCCAGAGGUCACAACGAAGGGGAGCCUACGAAGUAUUAAUGAUUGUAGGUGUGAAAGCAAGUGCGGGCUUGAAGUUUUCUGGAGGAUGCACUCAGAGGUUUAUUUUAUCUUGAUUGUUGUCUCUGUAUUCCUUUGCUUUUUAUUGAAGAGGAAGCUGAAAGUCAACAUUUUAAACCAUAGACAGUUGCCUAGAAGGUCAGUUCAGGUAUGAGGUAUGUAUGCACUAGCUUAUACGAAACCUUUUACAACAAAAAAUACAUAAUUCAUUUUUCAUUAUUUGCAAA